CCACAGCAGCGGCCCCGACAGCAGCUGCUCCUCCCCGGCGGCAGCCCCCCGCGGGUCCCUCCCUGGCUGCGGGAGAGAUCGGUGGGAGAGCGAGGACAGCCCGUCGCGCCGCCCCGUACCGCGCCGGAGACCUUCGCCGGGCCCGGCCGGGUCCUCACGCUCCGGGAGGAACAUGGAUAAUCUCAGUGAUACGCUAAAGAAACUGAAGAUAACGGCUGUUGACAGGACUGAGGAUAGUUUAGAAGGAUGCUUAGAUUGUCUGCUUCAAGCCCUGGCUCAAAAUAAUGCAGAAACAAGUGAGAAAAUGCAGGGAAGUGGAAUUCUUCAAUUGUUUGCAAGUCUGUUGACGCCACAGUCUUCCUGCACAGCCAAAGUAGCUAACGUCAUAGCAGAAGUAGCCAAAAAUGAAUUUAUGCGAAUUCCCUGUGUGGAUGCCGGAUUGAUUUCACCACUGGUGCAGCUGCUACAUAGCAAAGAUCAGGAAGUGCUGCUUCAAACGGGCAGGGCUCUAGGAAACAUAUGCUACGACAGCCAUGAGGGCAGGAGUGCAGUUGACCAAGCAGGUGGUGCACAGGUUGUAGUUGACCACUUAAGGUCACUGUGCAGUAUAACAGAUCCCGCCAAUGAGAAGCUCUUGACUGUCUUUUGUGGCAUGCUGAUGAACUAUAGCAAUGAGAAUGAUUCCCUUCAAGCACAGCUUAUCAAUAUGGGUGUUAUCCCUACCUUAGUCAAAUUACUGGGCAUACACUGCCACAAUGCGGCUCUUACAGAAAUGUGUCUGGUUGCAUUUGGAAAUUUAGCAGAACUUGAGUCAAGUAAAGAACAGUUUGCCAGUACAAACAUUGCUGAAGAGCUCGUAAAACUCUUCAAGAAACAAAUAGAACAUGAUAAGAGAGAAAUGAUUUUUGAAGUUCUUGCUCCACUUGCAGAAAAUGAUGCUAUUAAACUACAGCUAGUUGAAGCAGGGCUGGUAGAGUGCCUACUAGAGAUUGUUCAACAGAAGGUGGAUAGUGACAAAGAAGACGACAUUGCUGAGCUGAAAGCUGCUUCAGAUCUAAUGGUUUUAUUACUGCUUGGAGAUGAAUCCAUGCAGAAACUGUUUGAAGGUGGAAAAGGCAAUGUGUUCCAAAGAGUGCUUUCUUGGAUUCCAUCAAAUAACCACCAGUUACAGCUUGCUGGAGCACUGGCAAUUGCAAACUUUGCCAGAAAUGAUGGAAAUUGUAUUCACAUGGUAGAAAAUGGAAUUGUAGAAAAACUGAUGGAUUUACUGGACAGACAUGUAGAAAAUGGAAAUGUAACUGUACAGCACGCAGCUCUGAGCGCCCUCAGAAACCUGGCCAUCCCAGUUGUUAAUAAAGCAAAAAUGUUAUCAGCUGGAGUCACAGAUGCGGUUUUGAAAUUCCUUAAAUCUGAAAUGCCUCCAGUUCAGUUCAAACUUCUGGGGACUUUAAGAAUGUUGAUAGAUGCACAAGCAGAAGCUGCUGAACAACUGGGGAAAAAUGUUAAAUUAGUGGAGCGUCUGGUGGAAUGGUGUGAAGCCAAAGAUCAUGCCGGUGUGAUGGGCGAGUCCAACAGACUCCUCUCCGCCCUCAUACGACACAGCAAAUCAAAAGAUGUAAUUAAAACCAUUGUACAGAGUGGGGGCAUCAAGCAUCUAGUUACCAUGGCAACUAGCGAACAUGUAAUAAUGCAGAAUGAAGCUCUUGUUGCUUUGGCACUAAUAGCAGCUUUAGAGUUGGGCACUGCAGAAAAAGAUCUAGAAAGUGCCAAGCUUGUACAGAUUUUACACAGGCUGCUAACAGAUGAAAGAAGUGCUCCUGAGAUCAAAUAUAACUCCAUGGUCCUGACCUGUGCUCUCUUGGGAUCUGAAUCUCUACAAAAGGAAGUCCAGGAUUUGGCCUUUCUAGAUGUCGUAUCCAAACUUCGCAGUCAUGAGAACAAGAGUGUUGCCCAACAGGCCUCUCUCACAGAGCAGAGACUUACGGUGGAAAGCUGAGAAUGGUCCCUCUGAACAACAGGCCCCAUCCCAUCUCUGAUUUCCCCUUGUCCUCCAUCCAGCUGCCUCCUUCACUUCAUUCUCUACCACACUACUUGUGCAUGCGUGUAAUGUUCCAAUACCAAUUGAAGAACUGCAGUAGGUACCUGCCUAAUAAGAUUUCUAAACCCAUAGUUAGCGUGAACAUGACCGUCAAAACAAAGUCUCCACCCAUAACUGUUCUCUCGUACUCCUGUUGCUUGAAGCUCCAUUAAGUAGAAUGUGCAUGUUGUAGUCCUAUGAUGACGUAAACUUGGUACUACAUACUGACUUGCUCCUUACACGCGGUAACCUACAUAAUAAUGAACUGGUAAAUUAGGAACAGAAAAUGCAGCAGGAUCUGUCUAGCCUUUUUAAGAAGAAACUGAAUAGUAAACGUAGCUCCAUGUUUUGGUGCUUUGAAAGCACCAGUGACCAAAAAAAUCUGUAUGACUGCUCACUCAUUAGUCAUACCUACUGAUGUCUAGUCCACAGUACCGAGAGUGAAAUAAUUGCCAGUGCGCUCACUUUCUCUAUCCUAUGGUUUCCCUUUUUUCCUAACUUGUAGACAACUGAAACUACCACUGACUUGAACUUAGAUUUCUUAAGGUUUCUGGUUCCAUAUUUAAUUGACAGUCAUCAGUAGCCUGAUGUUGAAAACUUACAUGGUUUUCAGUGUGAGUAGUACUGAGGGGAUUGAAGAAUCCCUUUUGCACUGUACCAUCUCCGGUUUUUGGAUUCCGAUCUAUGUUGUUUCACCUCACAACUUCUUCCAUCAGUUAAGUCAACAUUGUCCAGUAGUGUCUUUAAAAGUCAUAUGGUAUUUGUUUUCAACUGAUAAUAUCUAUCUGAGCAUAGCUCAUUGGAGAAUGAACUGUGGGGUGAUUUUUUUUAAAAUUCUUUUUCUUCAUUGAAAAUCAAAGAGUCUCAUCUUUAGUUGUUUUAAAUCUUGUGCUGAUACUAACAGGACAUAGGAGGAAAGAUGAAGAAAUAUGCUUGUCUGGACUAAAGAAAAGAAGGCAGGUUAUAAAAGCCAUAGUAGCCAGGCCAGUCCAUCCUGCAGAUAGCCUCAUACCGAUCACUGUUAGCGUUUCCACUUUCCCACUGAGGACUGCAGUAACCUCAGGCUGUCAGGAGGCUGAGACACGGAGGAGAAGAGCUCCCUUGGCAAGAUACAGUGUGCUCUUCACUGCCACUACCACCCCCAAUGGGUUUUUAGAGCUUUGAUACACAGUCUCUGUAAAUUAACCAGAACAUCCCUGUGAUCCACCUGCUUUCUCCCCAUACCCGCAGCUGACCACUAACGGCCCACGAGGGAGUGUGGGCUCCACUGCAGAAGGACUUUGAUGGCAGUAGAAAGGGCUGCCAAGGAGGCGAUGGAGCUCAUUCCUCCCCAGCAGGAGGAGGUACCACAUGUUUGGUGGGGGGGAGGGGCAGCUGACUCUGUGACAGCUACAAUUCAGAAAGUCAAAACCCUAAGGAAGUAAGAAAACUUG